AUGGCGUACGUGCGGAAUUACGGACGACCUGGUUUGUUCAUCACGUUUACUUGCAAUCCGAAAUGGCCCGAAAUUACAAAUCAGUUGCUGACAGGACAAACACCAAGUGAUCGACAUAACAUCACUGCACGAGUAUUCAAACAAAAGAUCAUAGAACUCAUGAAUUACAUAGUUAAGCAGAAGGUCUUUGGCGCAAUCCGUUGUUGGAUGUACUCGGUUGAAUGGCAGAAGCGUGGUUUACCACAUGCGCACAUUCUGCUUUGGAUGUUUGACAAGGUCUGGCCAGAUCAUAUUGAUUCGAUCUUUUCUGCCGAAAUACCAGAUCCAGAAACAGAUUCUGAGCUGCAUUCUGUUGUGACCACGAACAUGAUACAUUGCCCUUGCGGAACUUAG